UUGGCAGCUCCGUCCGGCCCACUAUUUCCAUUUUAUGGCUGCACAGCACUGCGGGUGCACUUCAAGUUGUGCCAGUGCAAACUUGAACAGCAGCGCGCCCGUACUCCUCCUGCUACCACUCACGAGCUUGAAUUGAUUGCUUGAGCUUGCAAUAGUGUUAUUGUUCAGUGUAGACUAUCUAGCGACUUUGCGUCCUGCGGCUUUAUACAUCAGCUCUGGGUAUGGAAGUACGCUUCGGGGAGAUUUGGUAAACCUUGGACUAUUGGGCCUGGCAACAUCUUCAGCCUUCAAGUUAGAUGCUCAUUAGCGGCACCGUCAUAUAUGCAUAUGCGAGAAGGACAUCUAUCCAUUUCAAGAUUCUACCAGUAGCGUACGACAGUGCCAGUUUCCAGUGUUUUUGCUUUUGCAUCGACGUGUUCAAAAUUCUCGAUGGCACUCAAACUCUUUGAUCAAUCGACACACAAAAAACCCCACGACAAUCGGAUUCGAAAUGCUCCGUGGGAAGUUUCCUGGAUUCCAGGGACUCUCGCUUGGAUUCCUUUAGAUUGAUCCGCCGGGGCAAGAUCCAUAGCUCCGACUUCUCGAAGCUUUGCGCGUCCCUGGAACCGAGAUCAUCACCACGGGACGGCCAAGCUCGCCGUAGUUUGAGAAAGGCGCUGGCAUCACAGGUGCCUAUAUGGAGAAUCGGCUACAGUGAAGUCUGCUGUAACCUCGAAUCCUGGGAUCCUCUCCUCCCUUUAUAUCAGAACAACCUAAUGGCCGUUAUUCAUGUUUUAUUGGCAAGGCUGCAGGAGGAGUUUUGCGAGGACCAAACGACGUCAGUUCCGCAGGCAAUUUUAGUAUCAAGCCGGGGCGUGGCUUAGAGAUCGAUUGGCGACCAGGCGGGCGAUGACCGGCUCGGUGUGUGAUGGCGGGUUGACAAUCCAAGAUGCGGACGCCGGUGAAGCUGUGGCUUGCAGUUCAUUGGUGAUGAGCACAAUGUCCGAGGCCCGCAACGCCCCCAUCAGGUUUGGCCCCUCGCUAACUUCUUGUCGUUCCCAGCUGAGGUCGAGCAUAGGAACCGAUGACCUAACACUCUCAUGUAGCUGACCCUGGUGCGGCCCUCGAGCCCCCUUAUUAAUGGUUCCAGGACGUCCAGACCCUGGGAUGAACCGAACCUUCGUCCAUAAUUCCAAAGCCUCGCACGUCCAGCAUGGCUCCCCCGGUCACCAUCCGCAACAUCAGCAACAACCCUUUGACCCUCGUCUUGGUCGAACACUUCGACCCUCCCCAAGAUGAAGGGUUCCAGAUGCAAAAUGUGACGCGGUCGUUGGCAGCCGUAACCAACAGCAUCGGCCUCACUAACAACACCACUCGCAAAGCUGUCCCCCAAAUCGACUCCGGAGCAAGACCGUUUGCGACGCGAGAGGUCUCAAUCAAGAUUCCGCCGUUCACGUUGGUUCCUACCGACAUCAAACCCGUCAUCAACAAGGAAAAUGAGCGGCUUCGAUUGACCUUUCAGACGGAGCUCGGAGGAAAGCACCAGAUGUACUGUCCCGUACCAACAGCAGAAACAGAAUCCUUGGUCGCGUUAGCGCCCGACCCCAAGAUGCGCUUUACUGGCAUUUUCCUGCCUCAAACAUCGUUCGUGGCGCUCUUCAACACAUCGCGUUUGGAUUCGUGGAUGGAAAAGAUUCCAGAUCACGCUCCGCUAGGCGCUCUGUCAAUACCUGGCACGCACAACUCUCCCACCUGUCAUAAUGCGCCACCCUCGGUCAGGUGUCAGGCAGUAUCUCCAAUGGAGCAAUUGAAGAACGGUGUCCGCUUCUUUGAUGUUCGAGUGCAGGUGCCUGAACCCUAUGACCCUAACUCGGACAAGUUGAACCUGGUCCAUGCCGCCUUUCCCAUUGCGCUCUCCGGGAACAAACACUUCCGAGGUCUGUACGAUGACAUUCUUAAAUUUCUGAAGGAACAUCCUAGCGAGACUCUGGUUCUAUCCUUGAAGCGUGAGGGUACCGGAAAAGGCACUGAUCAACAACUAUCACGGAUCCUGAAGAACCACUACACAAAUCCCCGUGAAUGGUUUACCGAACCUCGCGUGCCGGAUCUGGGCGAAGUUCGUGGCCGAAUCGUCCUCGUUCGUCGGUUUGACCUUGAAGAACCGCUCCAGAAGGAGUGGGACGGCCGCGGCUGGGGCAUCGAUGCCCACAUCUGGGAGGACAACACCCCUAAUGCCAUGUGUCCCUCGGGCGAUGUCUGCGUACAGGAUUUCUACCAGGUCAUGGAGCGACCAUCUAUUGAGCAGAAGAUUGAACAUGCCCGCAACCACCUGGAGCGAAGUGGUGCCUGCGACUUUUUCCCGGAUAAAGAGCGGAACAAGGACAAGAAGUAUCCUCUUUACAUCAACUUCUUGAGCGCGAGCAAUUUCUGGAAGGUCAACACUUGGCCCGAGAAGAUCGCGGCCGAGGUCAACCCCGCCAUCACGGCACAUUUGUGCCAGAAACACAUGCUGGACGACCAGGGCCGAGUCAAGGAGGGCAACUGGAGCACAGGUAUUGUGGUGACCGACUGGGUCGGCCUGGAUGGUGAUUGGGACUUGUUCCGCGCGAUUGUGGGCAUGAAUGCAAAGAUAUCACGGCCAUGACCAUGGUAUCAAGAUAGAAGAUCGGUCAGGCCCUACGAGGGACUAUAUAUCGGGCGGGAAUCUGGUUAUUGUGGCAGUUGGAUAGAUACGAGAAAUGAAUGCAGCAACCAGCAGAAGAUGACUUUAGGUGGCGACAAAUCUGGUUUACUAGUCAAAUCCAGACUUAUCACCCGCUUGGCUUGAGUCCUAUGUGUUGAUCUGCCGGGUUAGAAAGAAGAAGCGAUAACAAGCCGCAUAGGAAAAUGCUUAACAUUUCCUUCCCUUCAGAAUCAUGGCUCCCGCAAAACGUAAGUGCUGCCCGUCCUGGAUGGUCUACCGUAGAUGAUUCUCUUUUGAAUUGCUGCGGAGCACUUGGCUCA